UAUCGAUAUUUCGAUAUUAUUCGAGAGCUAUUCUUUAUAACUGCACUGUACGAAUUGUACUUUAUAUGCACUGUACGAAUACGAAUUGUACUUUCUACACUUGAACAAACAUUGGAGAGAAAGAGGAAAGAUAAAUAGUACGUCAAGAGAAGGUGUAUAUACGCUAAUUCAACUAUUAAAAAAACAGAUCUGAGAUUUGCGAGUGAAAAAUGUCCGUCUUGAAAAUUUUGUGUAUUGUUAUUUCGAUUGCGUACGUCGCGAGUGGCAGCGAGUCCGGAUUUUGCGAGACGCCCGACGAAUGCACCGAGAAUUCGAGAGGAUGUCCCGGUCAGAGCCACUUCACAGGAAAACGUUACAUCCUUUACAAUGUGAAUCCUGCGGAAGGCUUCAAUCUGAGGAGAGAUGUGUAUAUCCGUGUCGCCGUUUUUCUAAGAAGGCUAAUCGAGAGGGAUAAGGAAUACCAGUGGCAAUUGGUUCUGCCACCAUGGGGUAAUCUGUACCAUUGGCAAAGCAGAAAUAUAGGAUCCCAGGAACGUCUGUCCUGGGGUACCUUCUUUGACAUUGCUAGUCUGCAACGAUACGUACCAGUCAUGGAGAUGUACACAUUUAUGGAAGAGUACUCAUGCGGGAACAGAGAGGUGCAACUCGAUCGUCUGUACAUUCUGCAAAAUGACGAAGAAAUGUUCAAGACAGGUAAAUUCGAGGAUAAGAACGAACUGGUAGACUGCGAUCGUGGCUCUUUGCGAUAUCAUGAAUUGGAGCAACAUCUGUACAUCGGUCCAUUCUGGGGCUAUCAUAAUGUCACGGUUCGGGAUGUGAAAUGUCUUAAGUUUCAUGGCAUGGCACAUGACCUCUCUCAGAAUCUCAUGCCAAUGCAAUACAGGUCCAUAAUGUUUGAUCGCAUGGAGAUUGCUUUACACGACGAAUACGGAUCUAAAGAAUACUGGAGGGCUAGACGCAGCAUGCGUUAUAAUUCCGAGUUGUACGAUAUCGCGGAAAAAUAUAGGAAAAUUUUUCUAAAUUCCACGAAUGUGAACGAUAAUACGGAACGACCAGCGGAUUGGACCAAAGAGAAGAAUCGGCGAAAUGCAAGAGGCGGGCCUUAUUUGGCGGUUCAUCUUAGGAGACGCGACUUUAUUAGGGCUCACAAGGAAUCAGUGCCGACAAUAAUGGAUACUGCCCUACAAUUACAAAAAAGAAUGGAUAGGCUUGGGCUAACCUUAUUAUUUGUUGCGACAGAUGCAGAGCAAUACGAGUUCGAAGAACUUAAGUCGUAUUUACCUCAGUACAAAGUCAUGAAGUAUGUGCCAUCUGAUUAUGUAAUAAAUAAAUUUAAAGAUGGUGGGGUCGCCAUUAUUGAUCAAAUAAUCUGUUCGUAUGCCAGAUAUUUCAUAGGAACUCAUGAAUCGACAUUUACGUUUAGAAUACAAGAAGACCGGGAAAUUAUCGGUUUUCCAUUAAAAACCACAUUCAAUAAAUUAUGUAAGACUGAUGAGGAUUGUACAAUAGAUGGAUUUUGGUCGAUCGUUUGGUAACGGUCUGCCUUAAUAAAUCAAAAUCUUUAAUUUGUAAAUUUUCUCUUAAUUACUACUCAUACCUUUGCUUGUGUCAAUUCUAAUUUUAUUUGACAAAUUGUAACAGCAAAUUACAAUAUGUUUCUUUCUACAAAUAUUUUUUUAUCCUAAGGAAGGGAAUCGAAAUAUAAAUUUUAUUCCAUAUUAUAUUUAAAUCUACAUUAGAAAACCUUUUGCACGCGCGUUUAUGCGUGUAUGCAUAUAUUGCAAUAUUUUAUUUUGUUUCGUAAUAUUGUUUUCAACCUCG